AUGCAGUACACCAAGAUCCUGGCUGUGGCCACUCUUUUCAUGACCAAUGCCUUCGCCGCUCCCCUAGACCUUGAAGCUCGCGACUGUGCCGCGGUUUGCGGUACAGUCUGCUACUCCAGCAGUGCUAUCAGCGCUGCCCAGGAAGAGGGAUACAACCUCUACAGCAUGUAUGACGAAGUCCACAACUACCCCCACCAGUACCACAACUAUGAGGAUUUCGAGUUCCCCGUUUCAGGAACCUACUACGAAUUCCCCAUUCUCCGCGAUGGCGAGGUUUAUGAUGGUGGCUCUCCUGGUGCGGACCGUGUUAUUUUCAACGACAACGAUGAGCUGGCUGGCGUUAUUACUCAUGACGGUGCCAGCGGUGACGACUUUGUGGCAUGUAACUAG